UCCUAAAACACAUAAAUAGGAGAAACAAGAUGUGGAGCUUUGCAGUCACUCGUCCCGACAGCCACAGUCCUCCUCUCCCCUUUUCCUCACGUCCAGCCCUCCUCUCCACCCAUCUGCAGCAAACUUUCAUCCAUCUGGAACCCUGACCAAAACCAGUUUAUUUCAGGUCCUUCAUCCUCCACCCACCUGCUGCUAUCAUGAACACAACAAAGUAUGUUCUUUCCCUCUGUCGCCUCUUUGUCAUGAUGCUGACACUGGGUCAAGGCAUUCAUUUAUUGCCUGUUCCUACUGACAUCCCCAUGUGCACGGCCUCAGAAACUGCCCAGUACAGCCUAACGUUUACUGGCAAAUGGAGCCAGGCAGCGUUCCCUAAGCAGUAUCCAGUCUAUCGUCCCCCUGCACAGUGGUCAAACCUUAUUGGGGUGACCCACAGCUCUGACUACCACAUGUGGCAACGUAAUGAGUUUGCCAGCAAUGGAGUGAGGGAGUUUACAGAGAAAGGCGAGGCCUGGACGCUCAUGAAAGAAGUUGAGACGGCCGGCGAACGAAUCCAGAGCGUUUAUGGGAUCCUCUCUGCUCCUGCUGUUGUGGGAGGCACGGGCCAGAUGAACACUCAGUUUGAGGUUUUCGCCAGACACUCCUACCUGUCGUUUAUCGUGCGUAUAAUUCCAAGCCCAGACUGGUUUGUGGGCAUGGAUGGCAUUGACCUGUGUGAUGGCGACCACUGGAAAGAAAGUGUGUCACUGGAGCUGUUCCCAUAUGAUGCAGGAACUGACAGCGGGUUCACCUUCUCUUCUCCCAACUUUGAGACCAUCCCACAGGACAAAAUCACACAGAUAACCUCAUCUUACCCAAGCCACCCAGCCAACUCCUUCUUCUACCCCCGUCUGAAACACCUACCACCAAUUGCCAAGGUUACAAUAACAAAAGUAAAGAAGAGCAAUCAGAUCCUUAGCAUGCCAGUGGAGCCCACCCAGUCCAACCAACUACCAACAGGAAAUGAGAUUGAAGACAAGCUCAUAAAUACACCCCUGGACUGUGAGGUGUCAGUAUGGUCUCCCUGGGGCUUGUGCAAAGGGAAGUGUGGAGAUUCAGGUAUGCAGCACCGCACAAGGUACAUCAUAAUGCACCCAGCCAACAGUGGAGUAGUCUGCCCCCUGCUGGAAGAAGAGAGGAAGUGCUUUCCAGAUAACUGUUUAUGACUAAGCCAAGACAGGAGGGAUACGAAAGAAAAGGAGAGGAGAGACAAGAAAGAGGGGAAAGCCAGAAAAGGGAGGAAGGGCCGAAGACGGAGAAACAACAGUAAGAAGUCUGCGAUAUAUUCACAUGAGUCCCAACUAUGAUGAAUUGGACUCACAAUUUGUCCCUGGCCAUACCCACUUUCUGUGGCAAUAUACUGACUAUUGAAUUGAGUCAAACCGCAAAAUAAACCUCGUCUUCACAUUAUACUGAUAGAUGUUACAGCUCUGAAGAGGUGUAGUUUGGCAGAAUUGCUAUUAGACACCAACUCAGUUUUGGCAGAUUAUCAAAAUUGUGAAGAGCAGUGGUGUUUUGAACAUAGCCAUGUGACAGCACAUGUUCACCGUGUAAUUGGGUUUGGUUUGACAUUUCUGAAGAUCACAGACAUGUGUUUGCCCACAAUGGAUUAUAACUCCCAGUAGCUUUCAUCUAGGAGAUUUGGAAAUUUGUGAAAGUUAUAUAAACGAGACUUAGAUCUAAAAUGACCAUAUCUAAGAAAUAUAGUAGAAAGUCCAAAUAAGCUGACAUAAAAAAAAUAUUAAAUAGCCAGUGUUUACAGACACACUACGGAUAUUGAAGAAUAUAUUUAUUGACAGGAUUUUAACCUGUAGUGUACAGUAUAUGAAACCUGAGAGUAUGAUUUGUAUUCCUUUAUGCAAUUGAGGUAUUAGUUCAAGACAAAAAUAUGCUUCCUUUUGUUUGUAUAAAUAAAACUUAAUAUGUAAAAAAUGUAUGUAUGUUUGGUGCAAGAGUCAAUAAAAUGUAAAUAUUUCUUAAAA